GCUUAACCCCUCCUUACAUUCUCUCAGUGUCACUGCGCUCCUACAGCAAGGAUUCACCUUCUCCGCAACUUUUCCAGAGAAUUCGCACCGCACGGGUGUCAUGGAAGGCAAAACGUCAGGUGCACUGCGGCUGUUGCUCGCUUUCCUGCUGGGAUGCGCUCGACUGUCUUCAGCCUUCAACCUGGACACCGAGGACGUCGUGCGCAAGGACGGAGAUCCAGAAAGCCUUUUCGGUUUCUCCAUGACCAUGCACCGACAGCUAGAGCCAGAGGAUAAAAGAAUGCUACUGGUCGGGGCCCCGAGAGCUAAAGGCUUUAGCGGUCAAACGGCAAAAGUGACGGGGGGACUGUACAGCUGCGACAUGAGCUCACCUUCUUCAAGCUGUGCGCGAGUUCAAUUUGAUAAAGACGAGGACACUAAGAGAGAAAGCAAAGAGAAUCAGUGGAUGGGAGUGACGGUCAACAGUCAGGGGCCAGGAGGCAAAGUUGUGGCCUGUGCCCAUCGAUACCAGCGCAGGACCAAUGUGAAGACCCCAAUUGAAUCCCGCGACAUCAUCGGCCGCUGUUACGUGCUGAGUCAGGAUUUGGAAAUCGACCCUUUAUCCAGCGAGGAUGGAGGAACAUGGCAUUUCUGCGACAGCAGGCCCAGAGGUCACGAGAUGUUUGGCUCCUGCCAGCAGGGCCUCUCGGCCACUUUUGACAAGAACUAUCAUUACCUCAUUUUUGGAGCUCCUGGAGCUUACAACUGGAAAGGUGUGGUACGUUUGGAACAAAGAAAUGACACCCUCCUAGAGCUGGGCAUUUAUGACGACGGGCCUUUUGAGGCAGGGGAUGAAAAUGAGAAGAACCCCGAUCUUGUCCCUGCACCUGCUAGCAGCUACCUCGGUUUCUCCCUGGACUCGAGUAAGCGUCUGACCAAGAAAGGUCAGCUGACGGUGGUGGCGGGCGCUCCCAGGGCCAAUCACAGUGGUGCGAUAGUUCUGCUCAAGAAAGGCCCCGAUACUGGCAACAUCUUGUUGGAAGAAUACACAGUCGAAGGCGAGGGGCUGGCCUCGUCGUUCGGUUAUGACCUGGCCGUGCUGGAUCUCAACGGAGACGGCUGGGAUGACAUUGUGGUGGGAGCGCCUCAGUACUUUGAGAAAGAUGGCGAGAUUGGAGGCGCCACGUACGUCUUUGUCAACAAAAACGGAAAAUGGGACAAGAUCACCCCCACCAGAAUUGACGGACCGAAGGACUCCAUGUUUGGCUUGGCUGUGGAAAAUCUGGGUGACAUAAACCUGGAUGGUUACCAUGAUUUUGCCGUGGGAGCCCCUUACGACGAUGACAAUUCUGGAAAUGUCUACAUCUACCAUGGAUCAAAAACAGGACUCCAUUCCAAAAAAGCAGAACAGAUUUUGUCUGGCAAGCCCGCGGGAGUGAAAAUGUUCGGUUACUCUUUAGCGGGUAACAUGGAUCUGGAUAGAAACGCCUACCCUGACCUGGCUGUGGGAUCCCUCUCCGAUGCCGUUUUUGUGUACAGAGCCCGCCCCGUCAUCGGCAUCGAGAAGGAAGUCACUUACACGCCAAAACAAAUCGACCUGACUAAUAAGAACUGUGGGGACAAGUUCUGCAUGAACGUUCAAGCUUGCUUCACCUACAACGCCAACCCCGAGAGCUACACCCCGAGACUGACGGUUGCAUACACCAUGUCGGUCGACGCUGACCAAAGAAAGAAGAAUCUCCUCCCCAGGGCCUCCUUCAUUCAACAGUCGGCUUCUGACAGCGAAUAUGAAUCCAAAGGGACCGUGGUCUUGGAUACCAAAGGAAGGAAGCAAUGUAUCACACGGCAGCUGGCCAUGCAGGACAAUAUCCGCGACAAACUUCGAGGGGUACCCAUCGACGUGGAUGUGGAGAUCAAGAACGGCCAACGCAAACGUAGACAGAGCUCAUCUGAUAUGUCGCCUGUCCUCGACGCCAAAGACACAGUGCUGACACGCAGCGAGAUUCAAUUUGUGAAAGAGGGUUGCGGCAGUGACAACAUUUGCCGGAGUAACUUAAAGGUGGCGCACCGCUAUGGCUACAUGACAACUAAGGACGACACCUUCACACCGUUGCCAUUGGAAAAUGGCGUGCCGGUGAUCUCGCUUAGCAAGCAGAGGGAUAUCGCCCUGGAGGUGAAAGUGACCAAUCAGAACGGAGAUGAUGCGCACGAGGCACGAGUGGUGGCUUCCUUCCCACGUGCCAUCACGUACUCCGCUUUCCGCAGCCCGCCCAACCUUGUAACUUGCACGGCCAAUAAGAAUGGCUCUCUGGUGACUUGUGAACUCGGGAACCCCUUCAAACGCGACGCUGAGAAAACCUUCUACAUUAUUCUGGGAACAGCCACCAUCUCAGUAAACACCACAGAAUUCGAGGUUGAUCUUCGACCGGAUACAACCAGCGAGCAGCCGACCCUCGCCGCUGUUAAAGCCAAGGCCAACGUGGCCAUCAUGUUGCAGCUGAAUAUGAUCGGGCAAGUUCAGCCCUCGCAGGUGCAAUUCUCAGGAAAAGCCAAAGAUCAGUCUGCCAUGAAAACAGAACGAGACAUUGGAAGUCCUGUCACACAUCAGAUCAGAAUCAUCAACAGCGGAAGGCGCUUGACAGAUAUUGGCACUGCCACCCUGCAUAUUGACUGGCCCAAGACCACCGAGCAGAACAAGUGGCUUCUCUACUUGACGAAGGUCACCGCCACAGGCGUGAACCACAUAGAGUGUACGCCAAAAUCGGAGAUCAAUCCUCUCAAAAAGGACCCCAGCAACACCAGGUACAAAAGGGCCUCACAAAAAACCCGGAAAGGUGACGAAGGAAUUAUUUCACGUUUGGUGGACAAGGGGAAUGCUAAAAUUCUGUCAUGUGCCGAUGGGGCCAAGUGUGUGAAGAUCAAGUGUCCCCUGCAAGGCCUGGACAGUAAUGCUGUCAUCACCCUUCACUCCCGUCUCUGGAACGGCACAUUGUUGACGGAUUACAACAAUUUGCAUCAUGUGGAGAUCAUCGUCAAGGCGACUCUACAUGUUGAGAGCACGAGAAAGAACAUGGUGCUGGAGAACGCUGAAACCGAGAUGACACUGACUGCAUACCCUGAGAGGCGUGAGGCCCGAAGUGGAGGAGUCCCAUGGUGGAUCAUUGUCUUGUCUGUUCUUCUGGUGCUGCUCUUACUGGCGCUGUUGGCGUUCCUUCUCUGGAAGUGCGGCUUCUUCAAACGGGCCAAAGACGAAGACAAAGUUCCCAGUUACAACGCAGUUCGGAUCAAACGUAAGGACAGGGAUGCGAAUGCUGACUGGCAAAACCUGGAAAAGAAAUCUUGGGUGACAACGUGGCAUGACAACAAGCAUUAUUCUUAACCCGAAACACAUCCUGGUGGAAUGUAAAUAGCAAGAUAUUCAUUUGUACAUUUUUUUUUUUUCCAAAAUGUCCACUUAAGGUGAUGAUUUUUAGUCUUAAAUGAAAAUUGAGACAAUGUUGUUCAGUUGAUGGUCUUGAAUUACUUUAGAGCAUGUUUUGUACAUUUUGUGUCAGGUGGGAUUGAGGGCAAGGGAAUUAUAAUUUUUUUUCAUUUGUUGAGUUUAUGUAUUUAUUCACUUAAGGGGUACUUUGUUACGUUCGAGACAGACCAAAGAGUUAUAUAAUGCUAACAAGUGUGACUUUUAAUUGCUCCCAACAAUGCACAUUGUGCAAUGACUGCAGUGUAGAAUUGGCAAAUGGAUUCAAAUUUAAAGAAUAAAUUAAAGUUGCCAUAUC